GAUGCCCGUAAUCACCGUAACGAUACGGUAAUCUACCGUACCGUACCGGCACUGUACCGCACCGCACUGCACCGUACCGACACCGAUGCUCUUCCCCCCUCCUCCCCAUCACUCGUCCCUCACCUCACCCAUAUUUCCCCUCCCCAAGGCCAUAUCGUACAAGUAAUACGGUGUUUGCCCGCCACUGUAUUGUUCUCACAGCCUCGGCUCCUUCCCCCUGAUCUCUCACCACGCAACCCAAUCUCUCCUGAUCUCCAAUCCUCCCUGCCGGUGCCCUGAAACCUUGAUCCAGCAGCAGCAACCGCAAGUUUGAGAGCCACAACCGCCCCCUCCUCCUCGCAGCACAUUUCCUCCUCUGCCCUGCAGACCACGAUACCCGUAGAGCCUCUGUACCACACACAACAAACCCGCGGAGCCGCCCUAAACAACCCCCCCCCCUCCAUCUCCUCUCCAGUGAAAGGGUAGACUAAGCUUACCCCAGUAUCGGACCAACGCGUCUCGGUCCGUCCCUCUUCCUAAAUACUGUACCCCUCCUCCCUCUUCUCGCUUCCAUUCCCUUCUCCCCUUUCCACCCCUUCACACCCCAAUCCCACCCUUUCGCCUUCCCCCGUACUUAUACCCACCACCAAACACAGCAGCUUCCUAGCGACGAUCUUCCCUCCCUCCCCACCAUCCUCUCUCCCUCAACAUUCCCACAUCCCCGCAACAGAGCCAUGGAGAAGACCUCAGCCCGUCAACGUCGCCCACGUCUAUUGACCGAAAAGGAGAGGGACCGCUUGGAGGAAUUCGUUGAUCUCAUUCACUACUCUGACCGGUGAGUCCGCAAUUCUCCCCGCACAAAGCACCCUCGUCUGACCCGCCCUUCCCCGGGCCUUUAGUUACUCCGAUAAGCAAUACGAGUACAGGUAGUUACCCCUGGGGCUCGUGCGAUCGCGGAGACCCCCCUCCGCCACAACCGGUGCACGGAGAUGGUGCUAACUGCUCCUCGGUUAUAGACAUGUUAUGCUACCCAAGCAGAUGCUAAAGCAGAUUCCCAAAGAUUAUUUCGACACAGAGACCGGAACUCUCAAGAUCCUCCACGAGGAGGAAUGGAGAGGGCUUGGGAUAACUCAGAGUUUGGGAUGGCAGCACUACGAGAUUCACGCUCCGGAGCCGCACAUCCUACUGUUCAAGUAAACCCGCCGCACUCGUCUUGUUCGAUUUGCCCAGUUUGCUGAUAUCCUCUCUUCCAGACGGCCCAAGAACUUUCAGACGAAUGCGCAGUGAAAAUGAAGGGAAAGACCGCCGCUUCUCUCCUCUUCUCUCUAUCGCCGAAACGGAGUUUUGAUGCACUGGUAGUGGCGUCUGGGCAACGAAGUAACGAAAAUGGAUGAAAAACAAGACGACGACUAGACUACGAAGGCUCCUGUUAAUCUUUACCCGUGCCAAUAGCGAACUCGGAAGCUACGUUUUUUGCCAUCGAUUCGUUUUAGCAUGGCUUUGAUGUUUUUAUCUUUCUUUCCCUCUUACGAAAUGGGUUGAGAUGUAAAGUGGAAUAAGCGAACUCAUUGGUUUCCCUUCCUUCUUUUUCUUGCCUAUCCGGGCUAUACGCUAUGGAUUUCCUUUAUCCUAUUUUCCCACGCCCGUCUCCUUACUCUUCCUGACUACCGUAGCGAUAUUGUAAGCCGAGAUUGGUUCAAAUCCACACCUUUCUUUUCUCCACUUUCUUUUUCUUUUCCCUUUUGCCAUUGUGUAUAUUGCUGCUGUCCCGUAACACCUGUAACUUCAUUCGGGCCUGAUACCCCCCACAUCCGAUUAUCUGUUUUGUUGUAUGUGGGUACGAUACGUGGUGGGGAUCGUGAAGUUUGGCGAUAGCCCUGUCAGUGAAUAUGGUUGCCGUGGAGAGUGCGCCGGUGUUCUCGACCAUGUUGCUCACCCGCCGAUCGUGCGGGCCACUCUGACCGUACGAGUAUGCCGUAGUUGAUCAAGCUCUACGAACGAUACCCUCCCUACCGAUCCAUAGUUUCGUUCGAAUACGGCGCCCGUACCCUCAAUAUUCGAGCAACGGCUGAGUUUACAUAGUAAUACCGAUGGAUCACGGUCAACGCUCGCUUGCGAUAUUGUACUUGUUCCGACCAGGGAAUCACCUCGACACCAUCUGAAGGGGCUACUGGGGUUCUUUUAUUCCUAUCUUCCAGAUCCUGGCCGGGGAAUUAUGGGAUCAUGGUAGUCCCACAUCCUAGCAGCCACGUGCUCCCGUGAUCCCCUAUGGUACUGUAUCAUACGUAUCGGAUUCUGGGGCCCACACAGUAUGAUACCGGUAUCAUGAUCUCUCCCCUCCUUUCCCCUCUCCGUGGUCAAAUCCGGGCUACAUGACCCUCGUCUGUGCGGGGGAAAAGGAAGGCCAUAGGGCUGAAGGUUGGGAAAUGUAUUGUAUGAUAUUAUUAUGAUAUCGGUAUGAUACCGUAUGAUAAAGGUGAGGGGGGUGGAGGAGCACGGUAUGAUACGAUGAGAGGUGUGGCUCGUGCUGGCCUUUUGAUGGAGGCCUGUGGGUACUGACUUCUGCGCCUACGACAUAAUAAUAUCAUAAUAGUAUCAUCUCCUUGAUGCCGUUUUCCCUUCUUUCGCACGAGCGUCCGGCGGAAUUGCACGUUGAUGGUCCAAACCUGGGUCCAAGAACGCUGGAGGUGUGAUAUUGUUGAUAUCAUACUGGCACCGGUACGUACCGGUAUCUAAUGUUCUCUUGCCCUUGAUCCCCUUGGGAAGUCAUCUGCCGCAGGCGUUGAAAUGUCUGACAGGCAGGGAUCAUGUGUGAGCCCAAUCAGAUCUGAUUGGAUGAGGCUGACGACCACGAAAAAGCUCCAGGUAAAAAGAGCUGGAGCUGCCGGCACCGUGCUUGCACCGUGAGAUCCCUUCCGCCCAGCAAUCAAAUUCGUCAACAACAACAUCGAAAGCCUCAGGCACCAAGCUGCUUCCCCGUAUCGUACCCAGCCCUAUCCAUCGCCACGGCCAAAGAGGGUUCAAUUCAAUGUUAUAAAAGCACCGAUCGGUAUUUACAUUCCUUCCGCUCACUUCCCGUCGAUACCUUUGACUUUUCAUACAUAUUUCCCUGUCCUCCAUCCUCUCGCGUCCAUCGCGUGUAGUUGCCUCCCUUGUAGUCUGCCGGGAUUUUAACCCUAAACAAUCAAUUCCGGCACCUUGAGUGAGUCCGGCGAAAGUGUGAACCCAUCCCAAAUUCAUCCGGACCCUAAGCAACAACCG